GUGGGCGGGAACACAGCCUCCGACUGCAGGUCAAACACCUCAACAGAGAGCCGACGCGCACGCGACCCCACGGUCCCUCUCUACGGACUUACUUAUUCACAGAAAAACGAUCCCGAAGAUUGCCGCGUGUGUAGAGCUCAUUUAUCACGCGACAGAGAGAAGGGGACCGGCUGCGCGAGUGCAGCUCAAUUCAGUUUAGCUCUCGCUUGAGAUGUUACCGAGCGCGCGCAGCAUCGAUCUCUGAGCCGUCUGCUCCGCGCGCAGACACCCUCUAGUGCCUCCCCUCGCGCCGUGCACGCAGAUCGCUUCCCUCGCGCUCUGUCGCUGUUAUACCUGGUUCUGUUUUGAAGUGCGCGGAAUUGCAGUGAAGAAACUGUCCUUGCUCUCUCGCACGGUGUGUACGAACGGUCCCGUGUUUUCUCCGUAGACUUGCGAGGAGCGCACGGGGCAUCGUGAAAUAACCCAGGAUCAAAAGUUUCCUGCACCUUCGCGGUUACGGGUGGUUGGUUGACUGAGCAGUAAUCAACGGCGGAGCAGCGCGAGAAGGAUUUUUAAUUCUCAACUUCUAAACUCAACUUUAUCAAAUGUGAUUCGGAGCUGCGCGUGAUGGAUUGGUGUCGGAGCCGCUACCUUCUCGCGCCAGCAGAGUGCGGAGAGCGGGGGGGCUGACGCCUCGCGACCCCGCCGAACGAGCGCUCGAGCGCAGACGGAUUCCAGGUUACAGCGAGAGUCUGGAAGUUCAGACGUGGAUGUUUUCUUUUUUCAGUUGAGUGGCUCGCGCGAGCGUCCCGGUUGUUUACCAGAUGAAGGUGACAUUUCCUCUAAUGUUCCGGCUGCUCGUGCUGCUGCCCAGCGCACUCUUAACUGAACCGGACCGCUCCAAUCAAGUGGUUCUGUUGGACACCACAGCUGUUCUGGGGGAGCUGGCAUGGAGGACGUAUCCAGUGAACGGGUGGGACGCCAUCACUGAGAUGGACGAGCAGAACCGGCCCAUCCACACGUUCCAGGUGUGCCAGGUGCUGGAGCCCCACCAGAACAACUGGCUGCUGUCCGACUGGAUCCCCCGGCGGGCGGCCCGGAAGGCGUCCGUGGAGCUGCGCUUCACGCUGCGCGACUGCAACUCCAUCCCCUGGGUGGGCGGCACCUGCAAGGAGACGUUCAACCUGCUGUACCAGGAGUCCGACGCGCCGCUGCCCCCCGCCGCCCAGCGCACCCUGCACCCUGCCGACUACGCCAAGGUGGACACCAUCGCCGCGGACGAGAGCUUCACGCAGACGGACCUGGGCGACCGCGUGCUGCGCCUCAACACGGAGGUGCGCGAGGUCGGGCCCCUCACGCGCCGGGGGUUCCACCUGGCGUUCCAGGACGUGGGGGCCUGCGUCGCGCUGGUGUCCGUGCGCGUGUUCUACAAGAAGUGCCCGUCCACCCUGCGGAACCUGGCGCUGUUUCCGGACACGGUGCCGCGCGCCGACUCGUCGUCGCUGGCGGAGGUGCGGGGCACGUGCGUGGACCACGCGGAGGAGCGGGGCGAGCCCAAGCUCUACUGCGGUGCCGACGGGGACUGGCUGGUCCCGCUGGGGCGAUGUGUGUGCAGCGUCGGCUACGAGGAGGCCCACGGACUCUGCUUGGCCUGCAGUCCUGGCUUCUAUAAGGCCUUUGCGGGGAACAUCAGGUGCUCCAAGUGCCCCCCCCACAGCCACAGCCCCGGGCCCGCCGCGCCCCUCUGCCCCUGUGAGAAGGGCUUCUACAGGGCCCCCGCCGACCCCCCCACCACCGCCUGCACAAGACCGCCCUCUGCUCCCAGGAACCUCCUCUUCAGCAUGAACGACUCCGCCCUCUUCCUGGAGUGGGCCCCCCCUGCGGACACGGGCGGGCGGCGCGACCUGACGUACGCGGUGCGCUGCUGGCGGUGCGGGGGGUCGGCGGGGUCGGCGGGGUCAUCGUGUGACCCGUGUGCGGAUGACGUGCGGUUCCUGGCACGCCCGCUGGGCAUGGGCGCCACCCGGGUGACCGUCGAAGACUUCCUGGCGCACGCCAACUACACCUUCCAGGUGGAGGCGCUCAACGGGGUCUCAGCGCUGGCCGACCGCAGACCUGCAGCAGCCAACAUCAGCGUCAGCACGGAACACACUGGUCCAUCUCUGGUCCAGGCCAUCAGAAGAGACUGGGCCUCUCAGACCUCUAUCGCCCUCUCCUGGCGGGAGGUGGAACAGCCCCCAGCCCCUAUCCUAGACUACGAGAUUAAAUACUAUGAGAAGGAGCAAGAGCAGCUGAGUUACUCCUCCACGCGGUCUCAGUCUGCCCGUGUUGUUGUGUCGGGCCUGAAGCCGUCUACUCUCUACGUGUUCCAUGUUCGCGCUCGGACAGCCACCGGCCUCAGCAGCUUCAGCCCCAAGGCUGAGUUCUCCACCGCAGACCAGAGUUCUGAGCUGGGGGGGGCCCAGGGCUCGGUGCUGGUGAUGGUGUUGGCUGCCGUGGGGGGGUUCUCUCUGCUGGUCAUCCUCACCCUCUUCCUCUUCAUCACGGGGCGCUGCCAGUGGUGGAUCAAAGCCAAGAUGAAGUCGGACGAGCAGAGGAGGACACAUUACCAGAAUGGACAUGUGCCGUUUGCGGGGGUGAAGACGUAUGUGGACCCGGAUACCUAUGAGGAUCCCACACAGGCUGUGCACGAGUUCACCAAGGAGAUCGACCCCGCCCGCAUCCGCAUCGAGAGGGUCAUCGGAGCAGGAGAGUUUGGUGAGGUGUGUAGCGGCCGCCUGCGUUCCCCGGGCAGGAAGGAGACCCCGGUGGCCAUAAAGACUCUAAAGGGCGGCUACACGGAGCGGCAGAGGCGGGACUUCCUGCGAGAGGCCAGCAUCAUGGGCCAGUUUGACAACCCCAACAUCAUCCGACUGGAGGGCGUGGUCACCAAGAGUACGGCCACACCCACACAUGCUCUACAUCUCUGGUGUGACUCUGCUCUGGUGUGA